CAGUUACACACGCAGACUCAUAAGCAGCAGUUAACAGUUAGUUUAUAUACUAAUAAGAGAAUAUACUGCAUAUUAAACCACUGAACACAUUGCUAUUCAUAAUGGGAAAGAGGACAGACCGAGCAGCAGCGCGCGCUAAUGCACUCCCAGCUCUGCUCGAGACAGCUACCGGUGUUUUUGAUUGAAAAAGAACCGUUGAUAAUUUAAAUUAUAAGUUGGCGUUUUGGGCUGGGUGCCUGAACUUCGUGUCCUGAACUCUAAAAAAUAAAAUAAAAUACUCUAGAGGCUCACGACAUGUCUGCAGCUGUUAAAUGCGGCAAAGGACUCGGAAAAGCGGGAGCAAAGCGUCGCCGUCAAGCGCUCCGGAAAGUCCUUCGUGUGAAACUGAAGGAGAAAAUAAAAGCGACCGCCCCGGAAACUGUAGAAGACGCUCCUCAGAAGACCGCUACCAAGCCUAAGAAAGCGGGUCCCAGCGUGUCGGAUCUCAUCGUUAAGGCAGUGUCUGCUUCCAAGGAGCGCAGCGGGGUGUCUCUGGCCGCGCUCAAGAAAGCUCUGGCGGCCGGCGGCUACGACGUGGAAAAGAACAACUCCCGGGUCAAUACGGCGGUCAAGAGUCUGGUGAGCAAGGACACCCUGCUGCAGACCAAGGGCGUCGGCGCUUCUGGCUCCUUCAAACUCAACAAUAAACGGGUUAAGAAGCCCAGGAAGUCUCCCAAUAAAACAAAGAGAGCAGCAACGUUGAAGGAGGCAGACAACAGCCCCCCAAAAGCUCGGAGCACGAAACGCAAAACUGCGAGGACUAGGAGGAAGGUUCCGAGAAGAAAGUGAAAUAUUAACGUGACAAUCCUGAACAAACCCCAAUGGCUCUUCAGAGGAACCACAGCUUUCUGCAAAGAGCAAAAUUAAACCCACUCCCCAACACAGCUUUACAAUAUGUAUAUGAUGUUAUUUGACUUCUGUAUAGAUUUGAUUUGCAACCGGUAAUAAAACUGAUGUGAGAUUAGUGUUUUCUCUA